CGCUGACCGCUGGAGGAGGCAGCGGCCUCCGAAAGCCCGCCCGGCCGGGAGUGAAAAGGACCCGGAGACUUUCCCCCGGUUCCGCAGCCGGACUGACUGGGCCGGGAGGAGGAGCUAGGCCUCCUAGUUCUUCCGGAGUUAACUCCUCUCUUCCUACUCGUGCACCUGUAGCCCUUCGUACUUCUCUUUCUUCUUUCUGGAAAUAUUAACACGACGUCCCGGGGCUGGGGAUGUUGGGGUGCGUCCGACCUCUGUCUGCCCGAGAGGAGCCUCAGCCGCUAGUGAGGCUGCUGGAGGGUGGCGGGACUCAAGGAAACCAGCAAAGGGAUAAGCUGAGACAGUUAGGAACCUGUUGGGCCCCUUAGCAUUUUGGGGCUUGUGUGCCAUCGUGUGUUGCAGUUGCAUCUACCGUCUGGCUAGCACUUCCCGUGGUUGGCCCAGUACUGCGCGCCUUCGCACAAUUACCCAUUUAAUCCUCGCACAGCCUUCAAAGGUUUAUCGUUUGUUUAUACUGUAUUAGUCUUCGGUUCCAACUUGAAAGCUCCCCAGAGGCGCGAUUGUCUGUCUUGUCCCUUUUAUCCCUGCCUCCCCUAGCCCGGGAGGUAAGCAGUUGGAGUUUCAAACGUUUUAAUUGGGAGAAGAUUUGUUGGGUGGGAGGUUUUAAUCGGGCUUGUUAAGGCAAGGUGGACCCAGGGAAUUGGAAAAUUAAAUGUAGCUACCAACCCGCUUUUGGUUUUGCUUUGUUUUGUUUGGAAUGAACAUUUAUUGAUCACCUAAAAGGUGUUAGCUUAUCUGCUCAAAGGAAGAAGAAAGAACAAGCCCUGCUUUUAAUAGACAAGUAAAUGUACUUAACACUGCCGGCGUUUUGGGAAAGGAAAAGUAACAACCUCACAGAACAGUUACACUUGAAAAAUGGCGGAAGCAGUUUUCCAUGCCCCAAAGAGGAAAAGAAGAGUGUAUGAGAAUUAUGAGUCUCCAUUUCCGAUCCCUUUUGGUCAGAAAGACUUCAAAAUAUUCCGCGCUGAAAUGAUAAACAACAGUGUAAUUGUGAGGAACGCAGAAGAUAUUGAGCAGCUGUAUGGGAAAGGUUAUUUUGGAAAAGGAAUCCUAUCUCGAAGCCGUCCUAACUUCACAAUUUCAGAUCCUAAGCUGGUUGCUAAAUGGAAAGAUGUGAAGACAAAUAUGCCUAUAAUCACAUCAAAGAAGUAUCAACAUAGUGUAGAAUGGGCCACAAAGCUCAUGAGAAGACAGGGGCAAGAUGAGAGUACAGUGCAUAGAAUCCUUGAAGAUUACACAAAACCACUUGAGCAUCCUUGCAUAAAAUGGAACGAAAAGGUUCCAUUGCAUGAUGAACUGAACUCUGAAAUAGUUUCCAACAUGGAAGCCACAGCAGAUAGAGAGAAACUGUCUGUGAUGAAUGGGGACUCAGGAAAGUCAGACGAUAUGGAGGAUCCCAGCAAGCCAUCACACUGCCUGCAGGAAGGCUCUGGGCAUGACCCACUAACUGCAAAUGGCUUGGAUGAACACCUGUUAGAGGGCACUGUACCUCUGCCCCAAGUCCAUUGUAGCAAACAAGAUGUUCUCCUCCCCCAGUGUGACACUCCGGACAGCAGCCAACCAGCGGGUCUCGUCUGUGCCAAAGAGAGAGGGCCUGAUGAUGAGUAUGUGCUGGUGGAGGAAGUUGUGUGUGAUGGGAGUGAGAAGGAAGAUGCCCUAAACAAGGAAUUGGUACAAAAGAAGAGACUAAGAUGCAGAAGAAAUCCAUAUAGAAUCUUCGAGUAUUUGCAACUCAGCCUAGAAGAGGCCUUCUUCCUGGUCUAUGCUCUGGGAUGUCUAAGUAUUUACUAUGAAAAGGAGCCUUUAACAAUUGUAAAACUCUGGAAAGUUUUCACCGUGGUUCAGCCCACAUUCAAGACUACCUACAUGGCAUAUCAUUACUUCCGAAGCAAGGGCUGGGUGCCCAAAGUGGGACUUAAGUACGGAACAGAUUUAUUGCUGUAUCGAAAAGGACCUCCAUUUUACCAUGCAAGUUACUCUGUCAUUACUGAGUUAGUCGAUGACCAUUUUGAGGGCUGUCUUCGAAGACCUUUCAGUUGGAAGUCACUGGCUACUUUGAGCAGAGUUUCAGUAAAUGUCUCCAAGGAACUCAUGCUGUGCUAUUUGAUUAAACCUUCUACCAUGACUGACAAAGAAAUGGAGUCACCAGAAUGUAUGAAAAGAAUUAAAGUUCAGGAGGUGAUUCUAAGCCGUUGGGUUUCUUCACGAGAGAGGAGUGACCAAGAUGAACUUUAACAAUUCAACCUCAGAUUUCCAAUUUCACCAACAAAUAUUUAUUAAGUCUCCUACAAUAAGCCAAGUUCAGGAUGAGGUAGAGUCCUUUUAUUGUAAUUGGCCAUUAAUUUAAAAGUUUUAAAGGGCAUGGCGCUCCCAGAACCAGAAAACUGUUAGUGUUUUAAAAGAUAAAAUUACACAGGAGAAGAGCCCUGUGCGGGACUUCAGAUUCUGUCCUUGAACCGGCACUGGCUGGGACUGGCCGUAGCUCCUCGCCCCCAGGCCCCAUCGUGUCCUCGCCUGCUCAGGGAGGAGGUUGGGUAGAUGAGUCCCAAGAAGACUGGUCCAGCAACAGGGAAAGUCUGUUUCACUCCGAUUUUACUUGAAAGUGGUAAUAGUUUACGUUUAUGUGGCACUCUACAGUUUCCAAAGCAGCACUUUCAUACUCAGGCAUCUCUUGUUGCCCACAUCCAAUCCGUUCCUGGGCGAGAGCUGGAGAACAGGUCUGGGGUUGCAGGAUGCUAUGUUCCAUUGUUUUAAAUGGAAAAAAUGAUGUGUCUCUGCUUGUCCAAGAACUGCAACCAAUUACUCAAACACAUAACAAUCCAUUUAAUAUUUAACAAGGGUUUCUGUAUCAUAGAAAGCAUUUAAAACAUCAGUUACCUAAUUAUUUGUCAGUGAACUAAUUGGUGGGCAUAUUUGUGCAGAAUACACAACACUAUCAUGCAGUAUUAGAUAAAAAUUGCACCUUGCUUUAGUGAACUUGUUACAAAGUAAAAAUAGGUGGUGAAGUAAUAUAUGAAGGAAGAUACAUAAUGAGUGCAGUUAACAUUUAGUUAAAACCUUUUUUUAAUUGGUGAUAUCCCAGUGGAGAGUUGCCUGAGGAGUGGCAUUUGGAGGCAAGAGGAGGGAAACGGACAGAGGGCAUGGGGGUGGGGGAACGAGCAAGAGGGAGCCAGUGCAGGAGUGAGGGAUCCAUCAUCUGAGACUCAUCCACUUUCCAAAUUCAAGACACUGAUGGACAGUCCUCUGCUUGGCACUAAAUACUCCAGAAGUAGAUGGUUAAGAACUCUUUGGAAGCUGAGAUGAAAAACACACCAAAUGGGCACUUGUUUGCAUUGCCUUGGUGGGUGAUCUUAGAGCUCCUGACAGCCUAAAAUUCUGCCUAUAGUUGUGCUUUUCUGCGGUGCUUCCGUUCACAUCAUACUCCUGCUCUCGCAACAGUCAUUGUGUCUGCAUGCUCUACAUUUUAAUGGAGCUCCCCUUCCUCCCCUGCCUCAGACCAGUCAUCUUAGUAACUUCUUUGCUCUUUACUAGUGAUACCAGUAGUUCUUCAACAUUUUUACUGUUCACUUUGCUUACUCCAGGCUCCUUAGCAAAGUGAAAGACUUCACUUUGAAUCAUCACUUUCUCAAAACUAAUGUUGGCAAAAAAUUUCAGGAAGCAUUUCUUCCCUAUUUCAUUUGUCAUUUGUAGUGAUACUUUUUUCAAAGUCUAAUCAGUGCAUCAAGUGCCUUUAUGGUAAAAACUCUUCCAUGAAUCCUUCAUCCAAGUUCAGUACUCCUGUCAACACUGCACCUCAGGUGCUUUGUCAUCAACUAAGGUGAAUUGAAGGCUGUGAUGACUCCUUGAUAUAAAGGCUACAAUAAAGACAUAGAGAAGCCAAAGAUCACACAGAUAUUUGUAACUGAAAGCUCUAGAACAAUGUCCAAAACAACAUCUUUAAUCAAAGAAGCCUUGUAUGGAAAAUUUUCCUUCCUUAUGUAUAAGUUUGGACACCAUGUAGCAGGCCAUACCCUCUUCAGCAUUACCGGAAGGCCCUGGGGGUUCUGGAAUGGUACACCAGCAACAGUUUUGGUUUACAUCACCCUCACAGUUCCCAGCUAAAAGCAGUAUUAGCUUAUCUUUGGAAGUAUUAGUUCCUAGCAGUUUUUUCCUACCUUCUGAAAUAAAUGUACCAGAUGGCAGUUGUUUUUAAAAAAAAACAACACGCAAGUUCAUCAAGAUUGGAAAUUUACUCAGCAAUAAAACCACCUUUGGGAGAUUCUGCAGUUCACCAGGGGAGAUGCUACAGCCUCACUGAGCAGAAGUUGCUUCACCCACACCCCUCAAAGAGUCAGUCUUACAUGGUCCUUAAAUCUCUCAAACCUUCCAGACUUGCUUUAAAACUGAAAUCCUUCCACCCAUCCUCUCUUUCCUCCAUCACUUUCCAGUUCUCCCAAAGCGUUCAAAGUCACCCGCUGUACCAGGAUGUAUUCAAAUGGCAUCAGGCUGACCAGCUGCACAAGAAUCUCACUAAAAAUAGCACACCACGUUCAAGAACACCAUGAAACUUUGUGGAACCAACAUUUUUCACAGCUAAAUCUUGUCAACCUAGUGCGAAAAAACAAAAAAAGGCAGACACCUGCUUGGCCAAGAUCCUACUUUUUACAUGAUCACUUUUCUCAAUACACUAUCACUUCCAACUGUUUUUUUCCUAAUGCAGUGGUAUUUCCUAGGCCUCUGUAACACCUACUUUCUUCAUAGGCUUUUCCACUUCCACAGGAGACAUUUUUACUUAAUAAAGUUGGGAAAAUGA